CCGUCCCACUUCACCGGGAUUUGGCAGCGAUGGCGUUGGCGAGUGUUGCUAUGGCGGGCAGCGAGGCUGGAGGGGCUGCGUUGGCGGCGAUGGCAGGCGCUAGGCUGGAGCAGAAGAAGUUCGAGUACUUCUCCUCCAUCAGCCCGAUGGCGAGGAAGAUCAUGCUGGAGAAGCAGAAGAUCCGGGAGAGGUACGGGCCGCGCUGGGACACCCUGGCGCCGCGGGAGCAGGAGGACAUCAUCGACAACUGGAUGGUGGAGCCGCAGAUCCGCAGCCGCUACAGCCUGCACCGGGUGACCCGAGACGAGAUGCUUUGCUACCCUAGGCUGCAGCUGCAGACGGGCCAGAAGGUCGUGCACUUCGGAGAAGAGGAUAUUACAUGGCAAGAUGAACACUCGGCUCCAUUCUCUUGGGAAACCAAGAGUCAGAUGGAAUUCAGCUUUGCCUCCACCACUGUUGCCGAACCAGCGUCAUCAACACAGAGUGAUCACCGACAGCCGAGCAAGAUAUCCCAAGGAAAUCACCAACAUCAUAAAACAUCCCAAGGAGGUCAACCAGUUAAACAGCUGCAGAAUGGAAAGACACAAAGUGUAGAUUGUCCGGCACAGGUCAAAAAGGAAGAGUCAUCAUCCUUCUGGAAACUGAGUACUGAAAGAUCAAAGCUGGAAGGUGAUCACCAAUAUGUGACUCCAAGUCAGAUCAAGUCAAUGGAAAAAGGAGAAAAGCCAGUUCCUUCCUACAUGAAACAAGAGUCUUUAAAGGAGAAAGAGGAAAAUAAAUCCGAGAAACCUUGGGUGAAGAAACAGGAGCGAAUAAUCAACACCAGUGUCUCAUCUGUGUUCAUUGACUUUGACAGGCCGCGAGUAAGCCAGCCUUCAUUUGGUGUGCAUGAAGAUAAUUUGCCUCCUGGCCAAACUGAGAAAUCUCCAGUCAAAAAGAAUGUUGCAAAGGAAUCGGAGGAUGAAGAGAGAGAUGAAUCCUAUGCAUCUGAUACACCAUUUUUCUCACAGGUUAAUAUGAGCAGCUCCAUUCGAAAGACAGGUUUUGACUUCCUGGACAACUGGUAAUUUUCCUGUUGCCUUCAGAAUUUCUAACAGCUAAAAAAACUCCCAACGAUAAGCUUGGGUCACAUUUGGAUGAAAGUAUUGUUCAUUUUCUCCAGUUAGUCACUUCAAUUAGCACUGCAUUUUAUGUAUAAUUGCACUUACCAGUAUAUAUGAAAUGAGUUGCUGUCUGUAAAGAGGAAAGAUCCUUCUUAUAGGUAUAUGGAUAUUGAAUGAGCUAUGCAUCUGUCUCCUGUUUUGAGCCUUUCAGUAGCUUGUUUACUAAAACUGUACCUAUUACUAGCUAGAUGUUAAAACUAGCCACAGGGAAAUGUUUUUAAAAAAGUGGAAGACAUACUCACUGGGCUGGAUUAUCACCCACAAGAAUGGGGUUUAGAUGGUUUAAAGUAGGUUGUUAUGUAACCUGAUGGUUCAAGCAGACAAGAAGGUGAGCAUCUCUGAAUGCAGUGGAUGGGCUAGAAGACACACUAUGUUGUACUCCUGUACCGAGUAAAGUGGCCACUGAGUGUAUAUUUGUGACAGAAAUCUGCAGGUGAAAGUUCUACCUUUCCUUGCAAAUAACAUUGUGUAUGUGGCUGCCUGUUCAUUGCCUGUGUUCUCAAAGGAAACAUAGCAACUUUAAGAAACAAAAAUGUUUGGCUCAACGGGAUAAAAGUAAAUGAGUAUUUACGGCACAUAUAGGUAAUGAUUAUAAAACAAAUUGCUGGAGGAAAUGGAUAAUCAAUGUUUGGGGACCGUCUGUCCGGACUGACAAAUAUUGAAUGUCCAGUCCCUUCAUAGGUGCUGCCUACUCACUGUGUUCCUCCUGCAGUGUGCAACUUUGCUCCAUAUUCUAGCAUCUGCAGUCUCUUAUGUGGCCAAGUAUUAAGACAUAGAGCAGAAUUCAGCCAGUUGGCCCAUAAGGUCUGCUACGCCAUUCCAUCAUGGCUGAUUUAUUAUCCCUUUUAACCCCAUUCUUCUGUCUUCUCCCUAUAAUCUUUAACACUCUUACUAAUGAUGGGCCUUUCAACCCACGUUCUAAACAACAUUCCCUCUAAUUUGUAAUGACCAUUGUGUGCAAAACUUCAGUGCUGUGCAAUUUUUUGCCCAGUAGCUGCAUGUUCAUGACCUCUCGGUGUAGCCAUUUUUAAGUGAAUUGGCAGUUCUUUUGUGCACCACUCCCUUCGUUUGCUUCUUUGGAAUUUGACGUGGUAGAUCACUAUUUUCUUCAGUAAUAACAGUAUAAAUAAGCCAGUUCUAAAAUCUGCAGACAAAUAAUCGCAAACUCCACAUUGUCGACACCGCCUGCCUCAGGAACCGGGUAAGGAUAUGUGAUUGUGUACAAUCAUGAAAUAUACCUAACAUGCCAACAAAGUGGAGGGUGACAGCCUCUACCUGUGCAGUUUUAAUUCCUUAGUGCACUAGUAGCAAAAGGUGUGUGGAUGCAUACACCUUAAAGGGAACGUUGGUUCUAAAUAUAUCCAAACUGAUGGCCUCCACAGUUGCCUAUGGCAUUGAAUACCACUGAUUCAGCUCCCUCUGGCUAAGGAAAUUCUUCCUUGUCUCUGUUGAAAAGGGGCAACCUUCUAGUCUUAGGCUUUGUGCUUUGACCUAGACUCUCCCUCUCCAUGUCCAUUCUGUCUACUUAAGUUCAAAGUUUACUGCAGUUACAUCCAAAGGAACAGCUGUCCCUUUCUAAAUUGGUGAAAUCUGUGUCAUUCCAACAGACGUGUCUUGUUCUUGUAUUUACAACAAUACUUUUUCUCUAUUAAUUUUGGCACGUUGGAUCUUGAUGUUUUUAAAAAGUCCAAUGAAAUGAUUAGUGAAACAAUUACUGUAUGAGGAAUAUUUGUAUUUGGUUUGAUGAUUCAGAUUUUUGUGAGCAAAAGGUCCCACUCCUACUGGAAGUAUUAUACUACCACCUUAUCACUCUUAUGUUAGUUUUUGAAUUGAGGUAUGAAACACUAACUUCUCAGUAAAUUGGGUAUUGUAUCUUGGUAUGCAAAAAAAAGUGUUAUCUUCUACCUUGGGCUCAUUCAUCUGAUAGCUAUUGUAUGAGAAUACGGCUGCUUGGUGCAAAUGUAGUUUGAAUAGUAGAUUUGAUUUUUAAAGUAACGGAAUUUAAUAGCAAAACUCAUUAUUCGUAAAUUGCACAUUUUUAUAAGAGAAAACUACAGUUAUGCUUGAUUAACUUUUUGCAGCUUUUCAUUAAAACACUCGAGUAAAGAAGAACUGCUUCUGUUAAAAAUACUAUAUUUACAAAAAUGUGUAAUAAUAAAACAGUAAAAUCCUCAGUUUGCUGAAGUGCUUUCAAUAUUACACCAAAAAUUACAACACUUUGUUCAGUAACAUGAUUUUAGGAAAAUAGAGGGCUAUGGGUAGCCCUAGAUAAUUUCUAAGGUAAGGACAUGCUCGGCACAGCUUUGUGGGCCGAAGGGCCUGUAUUGUGCUGCAGGUUUACUGUGUUUCUAUUAUGACAGCAUUUUGAAGCAGUAGCUAAGAAACAACACCCCACCACCUGGCUUCAUCCCUCUCCCUUCCUGGUUCUAUCCACUUUUCACCCACUGGAUCCACUCCAUUCCACUCACCUGAUGGUUUUUAUUGUCACAGCUUUUGGAUUCCUAUUUAUCGUCUCUCAGACUGUCUGUCGUCAUUACUUACACACACACACACACACACACACACACACACACACACACACACACACACACACACACCCUCCAUCUGCCCUUUUUCAGUAUCUGCUUCCACCUCUCUCUCAGCUGCCUCUGUCUUCAUGUCUUCAAAAUCCACCAACACUCUGAGCUUCUGCCCAUAAUUCUUCACCCCUCUUCACCUACUGGUGCUAAUUUCAUUCUCUCCCCCCCACCUCCCCCCAUACUGGCUGUCUUCCCUCUCCAUUUAAUCUUGAUGUGGGGUUGCAACCAGAAACAGUGACAAUUCUUCCCACCUCCACCCAUUCCUCCAACCACAGAUACUGUUUAAAAGAACAUGGAACACAGAAAUUUACAGCACAUUAAAGGCCCUUUGGCCCACAAUGUUGUGCUGAUCAUGUAACCUCUAGAAACUGCCUAGAAUUUCCCUCCUGCAUAGCCCUCUACUUCUCUAGUCUCUUAAAAGACCCUAUUGUGUCUGCCUCCACCACCAUUGCUGGCAGUGCAUUCCAUGCACCCACCACUCUGUAAAAAGAACACAUAAAACAACAACAACAACUUGCCUCUGACAUCCCCCUUGUACCUACUUCCAAGCACCUUAAAACUAUGCCCUCUUAUGUUAGCUGUUUCAGCCCUGGGAAAAAGCAUCUGGCUAUCCACACGAUCAAGGCCUCUCAUCAUCUUGUACACCUUAUCAGGUCAUCUCUCAUCCUCUGUCGUUCCAAGGAAAAAAGGAUAAGUUCACUUAACCUAUUCUCUUAAGGCACACUCCCCAAUGCAGGCAACAUCCCCUGCACUCUAUAGUAUCCACAUCCUUCUUGUAGUGAGGUGACCAGAACUGAACACAGUACUCCAAAGUGGGGUCUGAGCAAGGUCUUAUAUAGUUGUAAUAUUACCUCUCAGCUCGUGAACUCAAUCUCAUGUUUGAUGAAGGCCAUCACACCAUACGCCGCAUUAACAACUCUCAACCUGCGCAGUAGUUUUGAAUGUCCUAUGAACAUGAACCCCAAGAUCUUGCUGAUCCUCCACACUGCUAAGAGUCUUGCCAUUAAUAUUCUGUCUUCAAAUUUGACAUACCAAAAUAAACCACUUCACACUUAUCUGGGUUGAACUCCAUCUGCCACUUCUCAGCCCCGUUCCGCAUCCUAUCAAUGUCCUGCUGUAACUUCUGACAACCCUCUAGACUAUCCACAACACCCCCAACCUUUGUGUCAUUAGCAAAUUUACUAAUUCACUCUUCUACUUCCUCAUUUAUAAAAAUCACAGAGGAAGUGUCCCAGAACACAUCCCUGCAGAACACCACUGGUCACCAUCCUCCAUGCAGAAUACGAAGCUGCCUUCUGUAGACAAGCCAGUUCUGAAUCCACAAAGCAAGGUCUCCUUGGAUCCCAUGUCUCCUUACUUUCUGAAUGAGCCUGGCAUGAGGAACCUUAUCAAAUGCCUUACUGAAAUCCAUAUAUACUACAUCCACUGCUCUACCUUCAUCAAUGUGUUUUGUUACAUUCUCAAAGAAUUCAGUCAGGCUCGUAAGGCACGACCUGCCUUUGACAAAGCUAUGCUGACUAUCCCUAAUCAGAUUAUAUCUCUCCAAAUGCUCAUAAAUUCUGCCUCUCAGGAUCUUCUCCAACAACUUGCCCACCACUGAAGUAAGACUCACUGGUCUAUAAUUUUCUGGGUUACCUCCACUCCCUUUCUUGAACAAGAGAACAAUACUUACAACCUCUAGUACUUCUCCCAUCCCCAUUGAUGAUGCAGUGAUCAAGCUGUUCCUCUAGCUAUUGCUUGUUUUUUUGCUGCUGAUUCAAAUUUCUGCAUUCUCAUUUUCAACGCUUGUUAUAUAAUGUAACAUAUGAUGACAAGUUUGAAAUUUAAAAUAUUCUGCAAUUAUAGCAAUGUAUUUAGUUAUGUAGCGUAUUUACGUAGAAAACUAUGUUAAUGCUGUAGGCCAGCUCUACCAUGUAUUAUGUUGAAUAUUUCCCUUCUAUAUUUUGUCUAUCACAGACUGUAAAUUGUUCAAAAUUCUGUACUUCAGAUGGCAUAAGCUUUGCUGAAUUAUAUACUGUAUAUUGCUGCUUGUGUUGAAUAACAUUUAAAUUAUAAACCUAACAAUGGUAUUCUGGUUUACUCCAGUGUCUGUUUUCAUAUCAGCACUCAACACACUGCUGUAGUCAUGACACCCAUUGAUGUUUCAAAUAAAG